AUGGGAGCUGCGAUUGCCAAACUUCUCCUUCCAACUAUCAGCAGUCUGGUCUUCCUCCCCAUCAUCACAAUUGCAGCAAAGCGGAGAUUCCAUAUGGAGGCAAUGGUUUACUUCUUCACAAUGUUUUUCAUUGCGUUUUUCCAUGCUUGUGAAGGUCCCGGCCUGACAAUUCUGUGUAUCAUGCGGCACGACAUUCUGCAGUAUUUCAGCAUUUAUGGCACUGCCCUAUCCAUGUGGGUCACUUUAUUAGCGUUAGCUGAAUUUGAGGAACCAAAAAGGUCUACUUUGGUUAUAUUUGGCGUGCUGACAAUGACUGUGCGCAUCUAUCAAGAUCGAUGGGGCUAUGGAGUUUACUCUGGACCAAUUGGAACAGCUGUCUUCAUAAUAACUAUCAAAUUUUUGAAAAAGAUGAAAGACAAAAAAGGCCUUUACCCAGAUAAGAGCAUCUACACACAACAAAUUGGCCCUGGCUUCUGCUUUGGAGCACUUGCUUUGAUGCUUCGAUUCUUCUUUGAGGAAUGGGAUUAUAGUUAUGUACACAGCUUCUACCAUUGCAGCCUCGCUGCUUCCUUUAUUUUACUUCUUCCGAAGAUGAACUCACAAGCAGGAAAUGCAGGAAAUCCGGUAAAAUUGAGUUGCUGCACACUCUGCUGCGUUUGA